UUGCCUGGCACUGAGCUUUCAUUUUCAUUUCGGUGGAACAGGGUAGACUACAAAAUCGGCCAAAAUCUCACGCUCCGGUAAUCAUGGCGGGUCUGGAGGUCCUGUACACCUGCUUCAUGGACGGGAUCACCUGUGCCAAUGACGCUGUGGUGUGUUUCGUUCACUGGGAGCUGAUCAAAGGAGGGUACAGGUGCAUCGGCUCCGGAGACGAGGCGCGCAGCAGUGAUAAGAAGUCAGAGCUGCUGCCGGCAGACUGGAGCAGUAACAAAGAGCUGUACACUCUGAGAUACAAGCCCACAAACGCAGACACACUCUACAUGCUCAAAGGCAUCCCCAUAGACUCUGCACUCUUAUUCAACUUUAUGAACACAAGUAACCAGCAGGUGUUGGACUUGGUACUAAACAUCAGUGACUAUGUGAAUGCCGAUGAGCUCCGGACAUUUGACAGUGUCUACAAAGACGUUGACUGUUUUUCACAGAAGAUCAGGAGUCAGCUGCUUCCUCCCCAGGACAGACCGAGCUCCAGGGACCAGGACAGAGCGGGGACCAGGGACCAGGACAGGGGACGCUCCUCAGACCCAGACAGAGACCCCCUCCGUAUCCCUCACAGACACCCUCCCGGAGCACAGCCACACUGGCCCGGUCCUCUAGCGCCCCCGUUUGGGGUUGGUGGAGCAGAUCUUGAUCCUUUUGGGACCCGUGGUGGUGGGGGUAUGAUCGUUGACCCUCUCCGCUCAGGAUACCCUCGCUCUGGCUUUGACCCCUCCAGUGGGAUCCCUGACAUCCUGCCUCCUGGAGCCGUUCCCCCAGGAGCUCGUUUUGACCCGUUUGGGCCCAUCGGACGACACAGGCCCGGGCCUGACCCGGACCACAUGCCGCCUCCAGGUUAUGACGAUAUGUUCAUGUAGAAGCCAUUUUGUUCCUCUUAAGUUCUCCUGUCUCCAGUCAAAUGGACAGCGGACAUUUUUUCUCAUUUAUAACGCGUGGGCUGUUAAUAGAAGUUUGGAUUAAUUUGUGUAAAUAAAAACUCUACGUCCUGCACCCAUCUCAGACAGUCUUUCAGUCCAAUGACAAAUGUUCCAGAUGCCAAAUAUUGAUACGUUUUGUGGAGUCAUGUUUUGAAUAGAAGUUGGUUAAGAUAAAGCCACUGAAACUUUUGGAGUCAUCUUUUACAUUAAUGAUAAGUCUAAUUUAUUAUUAUUAAACAUUCAUUUUAAUACUUAAUCUUCAAAAGCAAUUAUUUAAAUAAAACUGCUUUUUUCUCUUA